AUGCCAGCCACCAGAAACAUCCCUGCUCGUCGCUCUCGACGCUUGUCCAAGCAAUCUCCCCCUAGCUACAACGAAGAUGGCUGGGAACAAUUUGCUUUUCCUGACUCGCCCCAACCGGGUUGCGUCUCACCCGAUAUGGUCCUCCGCUACCCUUCACUCUCACCCGUAUCACCUCUGAUCUCAGAGCCCGACGAUACCUCCGUAAGGACCACCCUUCCGCGACCAACCCAGCUUCCCAUUCGGCGAGGAUCCCACUCCCGAAAGCGCGCGCCGGACCACAUCCCCCGCCCUCCGAAUGCGUUCAUGAUGUUCCGCUCUCACUACUGCGUGAAGAUCAAGAACGAGAGCUCCCCGGAGAACAAUCACGCCAUCAUCAGCAAACAGGCAGGCGAGGUAUGGCGUAGCAUGUCUGAUGUUGAGAAGUCCGACUUCCAUCGUCUCGCUUAUGCCGAGAAGAUGCUCCACGCCAGUCGCUAUCCCGACUAUAAGUACGCCCCAAACUUCAAGAAGGCGGCCCCGCCUAAGAGGAGGCCUUCCAAGCGAAAAGAUGAAGAAGAUCGUUGCAUCAAGGUUGCUAGUCUCGUCAGGCAAGGCAUCGUUGGUAACGAGUUGGCCAGUGCGAUGGUGACCACCGACGAGCCCGAUCGAGAUGGUCCUGUUGAUAGCCCCGCCCAACUCCCUCCCCUCAUUCAGAUGUCACCAGAGCCCAUUAAGAAGGAGUCUCCGGUCGUCGAGCUACCCGACCUUUGUCAAUCAACUGACGAUUAUGUUCCCACCGAGAAUAUCCCUCCCCUCGACUUGAAUGAAAGUAUGGCGCAGCUUACAUUCGAGGAACUUGACACUUUGUUCCCAGUGGAAUUCUAUACCGCCGAGGCCUUUCCCGGCUUCAAGCCCCUCCCAUAUCCCCUCAGCAAUGGCGGUUCUCAGGGCUCGGGCUUCGACAUCCCUCUCCAUUUGAGCAAUCCAUUCUCUGAAGCCUUCCAGCCCGUCACAACUUUCUACAACUAUGAUACCCCCGCUGCUACCCCGGAGCCCGCAGCGGCCUUCGGUGGCGACUGGUCGCACACCGCCCUCCGUGCACGCGCACCAUCCCCCGAGCCUGCCAAAUACAAACAGGAGACACCUGCCCCCGAGCAUAACCAGCUUGGGAGCGGUGACUCCAGCGCGCCCAGGGCACUUACUCCUUCCCCCGUUUCAUACAGCCCUAUCACAUCCCCAGUCGCGUCUUUUGGAGAGAAGAUUGAAGACCUGGGCGCCCUGUUCGACAACGGUUAUAACUUUGCCGACUUCUUCUCCUCCAACGAGGCGCCAGUCAACUACAACGACUGGUUCGUCGAGGAUGUAACAAACCCUUAA